AUUUUUUGGAGGGCAACGAAACCAACCCAGACAGGCCUUGAGGGUCAACAAUUGAAUUGGUUGCUCUACACUUGCUCUACCAUUCAAUUAUUAACCGUUUCCAUACUCUACUCACUCCUUUUUCAACUUCCUCACUCCCUUGGCUUUUCUACCCUUUCGUAUCUUGUCUCACAAAUCCACCAUGGCCACCUCCAACGGCGUCGAUGGCGUCCCUCACCAGAAGCCCUCCCUGCCCCCCGUCUACAUUGUAGCCGCUGCACGAACGCCAGUGGGCAUGUUUCUUGGGUCCUUGUCUUCAUUGACCGCAACUCAACUCGGCUCCCAUGCCAUCAAAUCUGCUCUCGAACGAGUUCCUGAGAUCAAACCACAAGAUGUACAAGAAGUGUUCUUCGGAAAUGUCCUUUCUGCAAAUCUCGGCCAGAACCCUGCACGACAAUGUGCCCUCGGGGCCGGGCUCGACAACUCGACCGUAUGCACGACCGUCAACAAGGUCUGCGCCUCCGCGGUCAAGUCUAUCGUUCUUGGAACACAGACAAUCAUGACUGGUAACGCCGAUAUCGUUGUGGCUGGCGGCGCUGAAUCAAUGUCCAAUUGCCCUCACUACCUCCCCAACAUGCGUACCGGAGCGAAAUUCGGAAAUCAAACGUUGGUUGAUGGAGUUCUAAAAGACGGUCUGUCGGAUGCUUAUGGCAAGCAAGAACAUAUGGGCUUGCAAGGAGAAGAAUGCGCCCGAGAUCACGACUUCAACCGAGACCAACAGGAUGACUUUGCUAUUCAGUCAUACCAGCGAGCACAGGCUGCUCAGAAAGAAGGUCUUUUUGAUUUUGAGAUUGCGCCCGUUCAAUUGCCGGGUGCACGUGGCAAGCCAGGUGUUACAGUGAACCAGGACGAUGAGCCCAAGAACCUCAAUAUCGAUAAGCUGCGCUCAAUGAAGCCUGCCUUCAUUCCAGACAAGGGCACGGUUACCGCCCCGAAUGCUUCGCCACUCAGCGAUGGUGGCGCGGCUGUCGUCCUUGUGUCGGAGGCCAAAUUGAAGGAGCUCAAUAUCAAACCACUGGCCAAGAUUCUGGGUUGGGGUGAUGCUGCUCAACAACCCAGCAAAUUCACCACGGCUCCAGCUCUUGCCAUUCCUAAGGCUCUCAAGCAUGCUGGUAUCACGAUAGAUCAGGUUGACGCAUUCGAGAUCAACGAAGCUUUCAGCGUGGUUGCCCUUGCUAAUAUGAAGCUGCUCGGUCUGACUGCAGACAAAGUCAAUGUUCAUGGAGGUGCUGUUGCAAUCGGGCAUCCGUUAGGUGCUUCCGGAGCAAGAAUUGUCACAACACUGCUUGGUGUUUUGAGAGCAAAGAAAGGUAAAAUUGGCUGCGUUGGCAUAUGCAAUGGUGGCGGUGGAGCAAGCGCUCUUGUUAUCGAAUCAUUGAUGUAAAAGUCACUGCAUGGAAUUCAAAACGGAGUCUAGGGAUGCCAGGACCAGACAAAAGGCGUUUCCAAGGUAGCUCGGGAGAGUACAUGACUUGGUUACUGUGGUGGCUACACAUAAUACCCCAUAAUAGGAUGCACAAUUACAACAGUGCUGAAGCCCAAAGCAGCUGUCC